UAUAUGUUUAUUGUACUGAGCAAUUCAUUCUCCCAGGCUCUGGCUCUGAUUAUCCUCUCCUGCACUGCGAGUGGAUUUCAUACAAACUGACAAACAUGUUCCUGAAGGGAAAACGCACUUGUUCAGGGUUUGGGCCCCGGAUAUGGCUGUUUGUUAUUUUUAUUGUGAUUGUAGCAGGUUUCGCUUUUCUGCAGCACAGGAAAAAUGGGCUUAUUGGCUUGACCGCCAUUCAUCACCCCAAGAGACAACUGCCACCUUUGUAUUCUGAUGAAGAACUUAUGUCCAAGUUCAUCUACAAUGAUGUCAACCUCUACCAAAAUAGACAAUGUUUUUGCCCCACUGAGCCACAGAGGAUUGAAGUGUAUCAUCUUAAGAAAAAUCUGAAUCCAAAUGAUGCCGACGCUAUGAAAGCCAGAAGAAAGAAGGAGUAUGAGCAUUACAGCAAGAGGCAACAUUCCCAUGAUAUUCUCAUAGCUACUCCAAACUCCCCUCUUGGCUAUCCAGCCCAUGGUAUCCAGGUUAAGCCUCUCCAUACUAUCCAGCUACCAGGGUUACAAGUAAAUGCCGAUCUUCAGAAUUACGCGGUAACAUUGGAAGCUUCCUUGGGGACUUUUGACACCCUAGUGAAUACAUUGGAUAUAAGCAACAAUGUAGUUUUUGGUAGAGGAGAAAAACAGUUUGUUAUAAGGACAUCUGACCAGAAUUUACUAAACCACAUCCUGCGCCACAUCACGUACACGAGUACAGUUUACGAUAUCGACAGUUUGGAUAUCAUUAAAUUUACUAUGGAUCAACAUGAAGCUAAGAUUCCAGUAUCGAUCCGGCAGCCACCAAUGAUACAUUUAUAUGACCCAGGGGCAGAGCAGAAGAUUGAGUCCUUGGUUACAAUAACCACCAAGACUUUCCUGCGCUAUGACAAGCUGAAAACUCUCAUAAGUAGCAUUCGCCAGUACUACCCGGACAUCAAGAUCAUUGUAGCAGAUGACAAUAACGUCACUGAGAAGAUCGAGGAUAAGAACGUUGAGCAGUAUUUCAUGCCGUUUGGAAAGGGAUGGUUCGCUGGAAGGAAUCUUGCCGUAUCUCAGGUGACCACCAAAUAUUUCCUUUGGGUGGAUGACGAUUUCCUUUUCACUGCAGACACCAAGAUAGAAAAGUUGGUAAAUGUGUUGGAGUCAACCAACUUAGAUGUGGUUGGGGGCAAUGUGAAUGGCAAUCAUUUUAGCUUUAGACUCCUGCUACAAGAUGGCGGUGAGGAGGGAGACUGUCUGCACUGGAGAGGAGGGAGCUACCGAGGUAUUGAAGGCUUUCCAAAAUGUGUGCUAACCGGAGGAGUUGUCAACUUUUUCUUGGCGCACACAGACCGCGUCUUAAGUGUUGGGUUUGACCCAAAGCUUCAGAGAGUGGCACAUACUGAGUUUUUCGUUGAUGCGCUGGGCCGACUACGCGUAGGAUCUUGCAGUGACGUCGUUGUUGGACACCAAAAAAAGGACCAAUCAGUUUCUGGAGCCAUGGCUGAACAGGCCAAAAAAUAUAAUUCUUUUAGAACAGAUACUAAAGAACAAGUGAAAAUGAAACUCACACUUUAUUAUUUCAAGAACCGAUUAAGCUGCUUUACAAAACAUUAAAACUGUUGGAAUCAGGAAUGGAAAUAUAUUAUCUCAGGGGGCGGAUGUUCAAGCCUUAGGUGAAUAGAUGUAGGGGUUGUCCGUCACUGUGGUUCAAGUUAAUUAAUGUGUUUCAGGUUCUAAGAGAGAUUUCAUGGUAUACUUACCAAAUGUGAUUCCGAGCUAUAAUACAUAGAACAGCUAGGAUGGACUGAGUGUUGGGAAGAAAGUCACUCUGUUCAAGGAACACUGGAUAAUGUAUAAAAGAAUUUAUCUUCCUUUUUGUGCAUGGAGAAUGGACAUUUCCCUGUGAAUUUUACCUGGCGGCAGGUAUUAUUAUACAUAACAGAAAAAAAGUGCUUCUUUACCAUGGUGUCAGACAUUAACAGGGCAAUAUAUCGGCCACCAAUGGGAAGAUGUCUUGCCACAUGGAACCUGUUGAGUCAACAGGCAACUGAACUCUGUUAAGUCGAGCAAUAAAGCAACUCCAGCUCAUAGAUGAAUACAAAUAGGCAGAAGGAAUAUUCUGUGCACACAAGAUAUACUAAUUAAUAAUGCUAUUAAUGUAUUUUUAUUGUUGGAGAAAAAUCUAAAUCAUAAAUGUAAGGGCAUCAAUAUAUUUCUACAUGUAAUUAAUAGAUAAUUUAUAUCCUAUAAUGUGACCUAUCAAAGAGUCAAAUUGACGUACAUGUCAAUAAAUAUUUUUGUUAUCACUUUGA